GUUUUUAUCUUGGGGUUUGUGUGUUUUUUAUUAUGUCCGUCUUAAUAUUUAUGUAUACUAAUAUGUUUCCCAUCUUCUGAUUCUUCCUGCAUGUGCAUGUUUUUCGUGUUGGUAGCCGGGUUGACUCUGUUGCUUGACGAGAAUCAAAUAUAGUAACUUUCAAGUGUCUGAUUAGACUGCUGUUAUGGCGCCGGUAAUUUUUUCAAUUUGUUUUCGUGAAUUGCUCCGUGAUGUAUGCCAAAAGUAUUCUCUAUCCAUGCUGAUGUAUGGUGUCCCGAUUGAGAAUGAAAAAGGUGCAAUUAGAGUUUAUGGUGAGAUUGAGUUAGUUAGAGGAGAUACUGUGACAGAGGCUGGGAGAUGUUGGAGUGCACCGUGUCCUAAUAUUGAUGAGAGUGAAGAAGAUGCGGCACGACGAUGUGUCGGAAAGCUCCGUGAUGAGUUUAGUUUUGAUGUUAGAGACUUCAAUUUAGAGGAUAAGAAAUGUUUCGAAGAUUUAUAUGGGCGACUUUCUAUAGAGCAUGAAGUUGUUAUGAAAAAAUAUAAGCGUGUGAAAAAAGACUACAGACUUCUUUGGGGAUACUACAACGAUCUGUUGACCGAGAAGAAGUGGUAUGUUACCGAGCGGAUUGGUCUAAAAAAGAUGAUUGUUGCGUGUGGUGAUCUGCUUGAUCGUCCAAAUGCUGCUACAUUGGAUCAAAAUGGCAGUGCUGAUGAUUCUGAAAGGAUCCUGUGGCGCCACCUGGUUAUGGAACUUUUUGCUCUUGAGUGCAUAUUUCUUUUUUUUUAG